AUGUCAGUGAGGAAUCACAGCUUUGUGACAGAGUUUGUCAUCGUUGGUUUCCCUGGACUUCAGCCAGAGUUCUACGGUCUUGCCUCAGCUGUAUUAUUGAUUGUUUAUUGUUGCACUUUAAUAGGAAAUUUUGCUGUUCUUUUCUUGUUCGCAACUCCUAACAUUCUCCAUAAACCGAUGUAUAUUAUCAUUUUGAAUCUGGUUGUGUCUGACGUGCUAUUCAGCACCACCACUUUACCAAAGAUUAUUGCCAGGUAUUGGUUUCAUGCAGGGGCAAUUUCUUUCAUUGGUUGUUUUUUGCAAAUGUACUUAGUUCACUAUUUUGGAUCCGUAACUAGCUUUCUCCUAUUGAUAAUGGCUUUAGACAGAUAUGUAGCAAUCUGUUUCCCACUCAGAUACCCAAUGAUUAUCAAAAACUCCACGAUUCAUAUACUCAAUGCCACUGCAUGGAUUGUUGCAAAAGCCUGCCCAUUGAUGAUGGUAAUUAGGGCCUAUCCUCUUCCUUACUGUGACUCAAACACAAUCUUGCAGUGCUUCUGUGAUCAUAUUUCUAUAACAAAGCUUGCAUGCACUGAUAGGGCCCCUUAUAGUUUUCCUGCUUUUGUUACAGCAAUGGUGGUAUUACUGGGACCUCUAGCCUUUAUUAUAUUCUCAUAUUGCUCUAUUAUUGUGGCAGUUCUUCAGAUUGCGAGCCCCCAAGGCCGCCUCAAAACCCUUUCUACCUGCAGUGGUCAGCUGAUCAUCAUUGCCCUGUAUUAUCUCCCCAGGUGUUUUAUUUAUCUGGCCAGUAAUAUCGGCAUUAGAUUCAGCACUGAUUUACAUAUUGUUAUUAUCAUGUCGUAUAGCUUGCUCCCUCCUAUGAUCAAUCCACUGAUAUACUGUUUCAAGACAAAAGAUAUGAAACAGACCUUGAUGAAAAAAUUCAAGAAGUCAACUGCUCCAUAA